AUGGCGGUGCAGAUCUCCAAGAAGAGGAAGUUUGUUGCUGAUGACAUCUUUAAAGCUGAACUGAAUGAGUUUCUCACCAGGGAGGAUGGUUAUUCUGGGGUGGAGGUUCGAGUUACCCCAACCAGGACAGAAACCAUCUUCUUGGCUACCAGGACUCAGAAUGUCCUUGGGGAGAAGGGUUGCCGGAUUCGUGAACUGACAGCUGUAGUGCAGAAGAGGUUUGGCUUUCCCGAAGGCAGUGUAGAGUUGUACACCAAGAAGGUGGCCACCAGAGGUCUCUGUGCUAUUGCUCAGGCUGAGUCCCUGCGUUACAAGCUCCUGGGAGGCCUUGCUGUGCGUAGAGCCUGCUAUGGUGUCCUCCACUUCAUUAUGGAGAGUGGAGCAAAGGGAUUUGAAGUGGUGGUGCCUGGUAAACUCAGAGGCCAGAGGGCCAAGUCCAUGAAGUUUGUGGAUGGUCUGAUGAUCCACAGUGGAGACCCCGUCAACUACUAUGUCAAUACAGCUGUGCGCCACAGCCUCCUCAGACAGGGUAUAUUGGGAAUUAAAGUCAAAAUCAUGUUGCCCUGGGACCCAAGUGGCAAGAUUGGCCCCAAGAAGCCCCUGCCUGACCAUGUGAGCAUCGUAGAGCCCAAAGGAUGA